GACCUCGGAUGUUACAUCGGUGAAACUCACCAUCAAUAUCAACAUCCAUUUAUCAAUAGCCUUACCUCGUCAUAGACUGGUAUUGCAUUGCUCACAUUUCUUCGCAGGUUGAUUCUCACUCGCGAUGAAUCGUCUGGUACCAGCAGAAACAGUAUUUCAAGUGAACAUAACAGCGACGCAAUGACUUCAGCCGCAGAAGAAGAAUAUGUCCUUGAGCGAAGUCCCCUAGGUUCCUCCCGUCUCUACGUCCAGCAUUGGCUUUGGCAAAGAUUAGUCGGGCAUCUUCUACACCCCUGUAUUCCAGUCAAAGAAAACAUCAAGAUUGCCGAUAUAGCAUGCGGAACAGGAAUCUGGCUCAUAGAUUUAGCAAAAGAGCUUGCAGAGUCAAAGACGAACGCACAAUUAGACGGGUUCGACAUCUCAACUAGUCAAUAUCCACAUUCGGCAUUGCUUCCCUCGAAUGUCAAGCUAGAUGUUAUGGAUAUCUUCAAGCCUGUUCCGGAGAGGUUGAAGGGGCAAUAUGAUGUGGUCCACAUAGGUCUACUUUGUGUCGUGAUUCCUGGCGGAGAUCCAAGAUAUGUUUUAGACAAUGUGUUGACAUUGUUAAGACCAGGCGGAUACAUCCAAUGGAAAGAAGUCGAUUUCAGCAUGAUGACAUGCACAGCUGCCACUCCACACUUAUCAACCGACAACCUGAAAGGGCUGAUAAAAUGGAUGUAUGAAGCUCCCCUGAAGGGGUUUUCCAGUUUUGAGUGGAUACGUCAGCUCGGUCCCAUCUUCCAAGAACGAGAAAUAACAGUUCUGGAUGACCAACUCCUCGGACCAGAGCCCGAUAUUCUGUAUGCGUGGACUUUGAUGCAUAUGAACGGUAUAAAAGAAUUAGUCAAUGUUGCAGGGGAGGAAUCAAGAGAUGUAAUGGAAUUGUAUCGACGGGCGGCUCAGGAGGUACAGGAGGGUGCUUGUGUAGAGGUGAUGCUGGUAAAUGUGGUGGGCAGAAAGGCUGGAGGCGAUUGAGACGUUUGGUGUGGAGAAGAGGCAUUUUCGUCUCGUUUGAUGAUAGCAAGGCAAUUCAGAACGUAGCAAGAAAGACUAACACAGAUGAUUGCCUUUCUAUCCCUUUCCGUCAAAAGUUCCGGAUGUUCGAAGGGGAGACAUACGCCUGAGAAUUCAAUCUGCCAGCGGUCGAUUUCUUAGCUCCUGUUCUGAUCUGUGUUGAAAUAACAGCAGUACAUCAUUACAAAAUGCCGGACGAAUAGUACACGAUAUUAAUUAGAACUGCGUGUAUGUUUGAAUGAUACUAUCAAACUUGAGCAAAAGUAGCCGAUGCGAAAUUCUGAGCUGUCA